AUGGCGAAGCCGCGUAGCAACAAAGCUGGCAAGAAGGCGGAGGAAGGUGAUCGCGGGAAGGGGACGGAAACGAAUGUACCUGACGUACCUGUGCUGGAUGAUGCUGACAAGAGCCGGUCUACUCCAUCAGCGUCGCCUGCCGUGAUUGGCCCCUUUGAAGACCUGCUUGAUCUGCAAAAAAAGACGGACGAUGCUGCAGGCUCUGGCGAAGAUGCUGCUGCAGACGUGAUUGGAGUGGAAGGACAAGAUCAAGAGCUGGCGGAAGAAGGUGCUGCUGAUACGGACAAAAAGGAGGAGGUUGAAGAGGACCUGUCUGAUCCGGCCCCUGAGGAUGACGAAGAUGGGUAUCUGAGCGAUGACUCAGAUGAACACCUGGAGCCUGCCUCGCUUUCCAGUGCUUUGGCCCUGAAACGUUUCUCACUAACCUUACUGGUGCCGAUCCUCAGGAAAGUAGAAGUCAAGCGAGCUGCUAUGACGAUCGCUGCGCUGCUGGAUGACUGGAAGGACCAGUUAACUCCGGAUGUGCUGCAGACAACGACCUACCAGGACUUAACGCCGACCUUCUUUUCUGGCACGCGCUACGGUCGGCUGCAAGUCACGUUUAAUCAUGUCAGGGACGCGAACUUCGUGUGGAACCAAGUCAUCAAACACGAAUGUGUUAAUGGGGACAUCAUCGACCUUACCUGGCAGUUUCCUGAAGAUGCGCGUUUCCUCCGUAAACGUGUUCUGAACCCGUCGGCGCUGGAGGUGGUGGUCAAGGGUGUGCCGGCCGAGAUCACCGCGGAGCUUAUCCGCCACUUGCUGGUUGUGUCAAAGCUCGUCAAACGCGGCAGGAGCGCGUUCGCCAGUGGUUUUGGCUUUCACCGUACGCUGGAUCCGGUCUCAGGACUUGAUACUGACCGUAUUCGCGGGCUGGUGGCUCCUCAUGCUGACGAUGAGUAUCGCUGGAGGUAUUUCGUGGAGGAACCGACGACGAAGAAGCGCUUCCUGCUCCAUUACCCCUCACUCAUCUGCGAGUUUUGCAGCGUUGUUCUCACCUCCACGGGGGGGAUGCGGGAGGAAUGGGUGUGUGUGCAGACCGUGUGCGAGAAGGCGCAGGGGAAUCGGUUUGAGCAGGCAGUGGCUCACGUUGCAUCUGCCAAGCACAAGGGGAGUCUGCGUGCAGACGGAGCGGCAACUCGCGCCAGCAAGCAUUCGCAGAAAAUGGCAGCCUUCAAGAAGGAUUUCAUUGUCAAGCCGGCAGCGAAGUAA